UGUUCUCCCACGUGGCUUUGUGUUUUGGGGUGUAUUGACUGUCUCCAGGACCCAGAGAGGUAUUUUAUAUGCAGGAUAAUUAAGGUUUAUUGAUCUAGGUCAGUUACUUCCUAAUACAAACAAGUGGCACCACUUGCUCACUACCUCCACAGGUAUAAAUAAUACAGAUGAGGUGGUGAUAUGUAUAUAUUGUGGUUGGACAGUAAUAUAUGUAGACAUGCAGGCAGGGCAGUCAAGUGUUACAAUACAGUGACUUGAGGUGGACCAUAGCUGGUCCAGGAAGCUUAGAUAUAUGUAUAUACAGUAUAUAUCUCAGGAGCAGUGAGACAGGGACAUUUGGAAUUUCUGAGAUUUUGGAGGAACUUUGAUUGUUGCAUUCCAUGAUAACUGAUAAUAAGAGAGAGGAUGAUCUGAGAAUUACAGUAUCAACUACGAGUACAUAUACAUGAAGACAGUGUUGACUAGAACUGUAAUAUAGGCGGGGUUUCUGUACGACACACAUCAACUGGAGAAAUUUGUCAACUUUGUUGCAUGGACUUGUUAAAAGUCACCUGUUGUGCACUGCUGUGGAAUUUACUGAUAUUGUUGACUGUUACUUUGGCAGACUUGAAGAGUGUUAAAGCUGUACAACCUUUGGGAAAAUAAGGCAGUUUGAUAUUACAUAAUUUCAUGCUUGAUGUGACAGGCACUUAAAACCAUUGAUGAGGUUUGGUCAGGAUACCACAUAUUUUCAUGCGGGAAGAUUUUAGCAGUUGAAAAGUAGUGAAAAAGAGUCCACAGACAGUGAGAAACUAUUAGAUUGUUUUACAGCUUGGAAGUAGACUGUAUAAGGAAAGUGAUUUGAAUGAAAAAGAAAUCUGCUGACAUCACAUGGUGUCUCUCCAUUACUGCACGAAAAGAUCGAGUCACAGAAAUUGCACGUAUACAUCAAAUACUUAAAAGGAGAAGUCAUCAUCCCACUAGUGCGUGUCUGUAUCCUGUUGUUGACUUCAUGAAGAUUGUGUAAAAAUAACUCAGAAGCAUCAACUUAUUCAGCACAGUGAAAAGUGACUGGAAUUUAGGCAAAUUACUGAUCGUAAAAGAGAUAAAGGAAGACAUAUUGUUGCCAGCACAUCUACUAUACUGGUAUUGUUAUAUAUGUGUUGUAUAUGGUGAAAUGGCAUCCAAGGCUGUUCCACUUGCAGUACAUCUAACAGUGCUGGUGAUUCAAGCGUACUCUGUCUAUUACGACUACUUUAUAUGCAGGCCGCGUAAUAAUUACAGCUGGAAUAGCUACGGAGGGCCGUGGAAGUAUCUGACAUGGUGGACUGAGUUGAUCAACACGUUCUACUUUGGGAUCGCCCUACUUAAUGACCUGUGUGGCAGCAAUGCAGGGCCUGAAGACGGGAAAGAUAAACACUCCACCCUACAGAAGUUUAGAGAUAGAAUGUAUAGUAUACUGGCGUUUCCUAUAGGCGCAUUUGUUGUAGCCUCCUUCUGGUCUCUAUACGCGGUGGACAGGGAGCUGGUGUAUCCCGCAGAGCUGGACAAAAUCAUUCCAUCCUGGUUAAACCAUGUCAUGCAUACCACUGUACUACCAUUCCUGCUGAUAGAGGCAUAUGUGGUCUACCAUGAAUAUCCCAGCAAGAAAGUAGGGAUUCCUGGAAUCGUGUUUUUCUCUUCGUUGUACCAGUUUUGGAUAUUGUGGAUUGCAUUCAAGGCGGAUAUCUGGGUGUACCCCAUCCUCAGGGUGCUCAGCUGGCCCAUGAGGAUCGUCUUCAUGGUGCUGUGCUGGGUGCUGGUGAUGAUCCUCUACUUGUGUGGUCAUGAAGUCACACAGAUGUGCUGGGGACCAACGCAAGGGAAGACUCUACAGGCAAAGAAGGUUAAAUAAUGAAACAUUAAUUAUGGACCAAAAUUCUAAAAUAUGAACGAGAAAUGUGAUAAAGGAUAAGAAAAAUUCUGAAAAGAUUCAAGAUAAGACUUUAUGAAGGAAAUAAGAAGUAAUGAGGCUGGACGAUAGAAAUGAAAGUUGAAAGUCUUUGAGAAGGGUUCUCCCUUCAGCAAUGCAAGAGGGUACGCCGGACCCUCGUUCAGCAGUGUAAACAUGAAUAUUUUAUGUGGUUAUCUCUUGGGGUGCUUAGUGGCUCCCUCUAUGCAAUGUGAUCCAUGAUUUAUUUACUAGAUGUUAUCCUUUGUUUGAUAUUAGUUUUUGAGAGAGGAAAUAUACAAAUUGCUCUUUGUGAUGUUCUGUCAUAUGAACUCAGCAAAUUAGCUGUGGUUAAUGUAAUGUUUUUAUAUUUUUUGUAAAACUUCACAGUUAGUACCUAUACCAACUGGCAAAUAAUUUACAAGUACUACAUAUAUGUUAUUGUGAGGCUAAUAAACACUCCAAGUUUGAUAGUUCAAUAAAAAGUCUACUCUUUAGCCUAUGGUGUUGCUGUUUCUGAAGAUUAACCAGUGACAUACAUCUGAGCUAUGUAUUUCAAGGAUAACAACAUUUAAUUUUUGUCAAAAAAUGGAUUUUCCUGGGGUAAAUGACAAUUUUCUACUACUUUUCAUAGUUUAUGAAUCUGUUCCAACAUAGAGAGUAAGUCCAUUGUCUUUUUCUAAAAAAAGAGAUUAAGAGAUUAUUACAUAGGAUAGCCAUAUAUGAAGGUCUUGUAGUCCGAUGACAAACACAUAUUCCAGAAUAAUUGUGAUUACUGUAGUUUUAGUGUUAAAAUAGAAUUCAUUAUAUUUCUAUGAAUUGUUUACAGUGUAUUUUUUGUGAAAUAUGGAUCUCAUACAAAGAGUUAUAUAUAUCCCUUGAAGCCCCUGUCAGAGUGUUUUUAAUCGCAGGGUGAGUCAUCUGCUGCCAGGACAAGGAAGAGGAUGUUCAUGAUGGCUGACAGUGUUCUGGUGUUAGCGACAGAGAACUAAGAGUAACUAUGUAUGAGAAUUGUUCAUAGUGCAAGUGUCAUCAUUAAAUCAAUAAUAACUUGAAUAAUGUCAAAAAUGAAUUGAAAAGAUUAAAUUGGAAUACUUGA